AUGGCACGGCCUGAUCUCACAUCGCAUCACGUUAACUACCUAAUAUGGAGGUACCUUCAAGAAUCAGGUCAUGGCGAAGCCGCUGUGACGCUGCAGCGCGCAUGGAAUCGUGAUCCGCAGAGUUUACCCUUUGCGCCUUACAUUAGAACUCAUGCACUGGUAUCACUUGUUCAGAAGGGGCUACAGUACUACGAGUUAGAACAUUCCCUCGAUAAGGAGGGGAAUCCAAUCCCUUCUUCAGCGUCAAAUUAUUUUUUCGGGCCAGCAACGCUUGAACCGGACAUCCCUAAAAAUCAAAGUGGCUCGGGUGAGGGUGUUGGCGGCGGCACAGACCAGGCGCCAGUCUCGUCUGCUAACAUAGUCGCCCGAGAUGGCGCUGGGAUCAACGGUCAUCUGACAGCCGACCCUACCGUACCCCAAACCGCCCCAAAGAAAUCUCGCAAGAGCGAUCGUGGGGAGGCUACCACAAGUAAUGGGGAUGAAAUGCCCAUGGAUGUUGAUUCGAACGGCGUCGCCCAUGAGAACAAAUCGGCUAUUGCUGCAUCGCCAGCCCUGGUGGACACAGUUGUGGAUGGCGACGGAGAUGUGAAUAUGGGCGGCCGACCGGAUUCGCAGGACCAGGAACCGGCGCCGCCGCCAACCUUUACGCUGACCACUGGACACAGCGUUGGCGUCCAGAUCACCCCCGCCAAGGCCGCCGACCUUAGCCCCGACACCGCCGUUCUAGAUGUGGCUGAGUAUGAUCACGUGACUCGCACACUGUGGCGCCCUGGAGAUCCAACCGUUGUCGUUGUAGCGGGGGAUUCGUUCUGUAGCUUAUGGAAGAUCUCGUUAUCAGCAGCCCCGGUGCAAGAGAAGCUUGUGGAAAGCAAAGGCGACAACGCCUGCGUCUCUGCUGUAGCCUGGGACCCCACGGGCCAGAAGUUGGCCGUAGCCACCUACAAUGACAUGAGAGGCUCGAUUACCAUGUACGAUGUGGCAGGAAAUGCCGUGGAUCUCUUACCCGAAGUCCCUCGCAUGAUCACGGGCCUGCAUUGGGCGGAAAGUGGCCCUCAUUUGAUCGUCGUGGCGUCCGACAGCAAAGUCUCCGAGCUGGCUCUCUGGGAUGAUUCGCUGCGACCCGACGAGUUUCCUCCCCCGCAGGUGAUUGACGGGUCUGUGUAUGAUCUCAGCUGGUUGGGCCGAACUCAAGCUUAUGCCUGCGGCACCGGGGUGAUUUAUCAAUGCGACGUUGACUCCAGCAUACGUAUUGCCAAGACAUUCUCGUCCAGUGACGCCAGCAGGCCUUGGACAUUCGUUCGGUGCACCACUGUGGGCUCGGCGUCCGUGGCAGUGGCUGCUUCGUCGUCCGACUCCGCAUUCUGGAUCCCCACCCAUGAUUUUCAUCUCGACCAGGCACACGAAGGCGAUAUCACAUUGAUAGAGCUCAAGCCCAACUCAGCUAGUCCAUCGCAACAGGAUCAUCCGUUGGUCCUUGCGUCCACCUCCACGGAUGACACAGUCAAGAUUUGGCAUAUUGACCUGGAAUCGAAACGGUUUCACUGCGUUCAUCGCCUGUUUCUCGGCUCCAGUUCACCCGCCCUCGCCGGAGGCUUCUCUCCAGAUGGAUACGCUCUAGCCGCCGCCAGCAAGGACCAACUAUUUAUUUGGAAUGCUCAAAGAGGAGGCACGGCGAUGGCGACCUGGGUAGUACCAGGCGUUCAGGAGACCAAAAAAGAAGAAGAUCCCAGUCCUAUUACAAAUGGUCACAACGGGACCUCUGAGUCGGUUCCUGAUCGUUCACUGGCAUGGGACACUGACAGUAAACGGCUUGCUUUCGGCUUUGGCAAACAGAUGGCAAUAAUCAACCUGCAACGCUGA